ACACACCCCAUAGAGAACAGUUUUUGUUGUCUGCCUUUAAAUAGAGCAAGUUUCUCCAAGCCCGCCAAGUUAGAAUCAGAUAUUGCUCUUUCUUUUCUUCUCUUUUCUCUCUCUUUCUUCUUCUUCUUCUUCUUGUGUGAUCAAUGCCACAAUGUUGCUGAAACAUUCUCACCCUUUUGCCUCCACUUGCCAUGGAAAGUCACACUCAUAAGAGGGGUGAAGAUAUGGGUGUUGGUGGUGUUAUGAGUUGUAAAAGGUUGCUUCUUGGAGCAUUGCUAUCUUUAGGAGUCAUCUGGUUUAUGUUUCUUGCUAUCUCAGUGAACCGACAAACCAAAAGAACAGUGAUUGCUCCAAUGAAUGUUGUCUCCAAGCAUUUGAAGUUGGUCAGCAUGCAGAGGCAUGUCUUGCAUUCAUCAAAUUCUAGACUCUUCAUAGUGAGCAAAAGAAGAGUGCCAAAUGGACCUGAUCCAAUACACAACAGGAGAGCAGUGAAAAGCAGAGAGCCACCUACACAAGCAUGAGCAUUGCAUUGUGAAGUUCCAAAGCAAGUUUGAGGUCAAAUCAUAGAAGAAUUUUUGCUAUUCUCUUGUGGAAGAAGAAUUCAGAGUGUGUUCUUAUAAGAUCAUGUUAUGAUUACUUGUUACAUAGUAUGAUUGCAAGUGCUUUUGAGGUUCUAAGUGUGAUCCUUAAUGUUUUCUAUUUUUUUUUUCUUUCUUCUCUUUGAAAUGUACCCUUUUGAUGGUGUUGUAAAUCAAGAACUUAGGAAAUGAAGUAACCAAAUUUUGG